AUGGCCGCCACCAACGCCCGCGCUUCCCUCCUCAGCCUCCCACCAGAGCUCCGCAAUCGCAUCUACCACUUCGCCCUCUCGCCCGCCACCACCACCCACCUCGACGCCCCCCGCCGCCCCGACAUCCCUCCUCUCCUCAUCACCAACCGCCAGAUCCGCCAAGAGGCCUUCGGCCUUUACUUCCAUCUCCUUGUCCUCAAGCUGGAGUUGACCUACCUCGACUGUCCCAUCCUGGCGGCGGAUCAAUUCUCGUCAUGGAUGGGACAGCUGCGCCGUGUGGAGAAGAUUCGGCGGAUCGAGGUGAUCGCGGGCAGCAAGGAGGCAAUUGAGCUGUUUCGCGGCGUGCUCUUGGUGCUGGCAAUGUACGCUGAAUGGUAUGGCGAGGUGGGACAGGGUGUCAUCAAGAUGGGAUAUAUGGACGUGAUGGAUCCUGCUGGUGUGGAUGGAGUUGUGUGGGUGCAGACGAAGUUUUUGGGAGAGGAGGGAUGCGAGUUUGAGGAUGGUGAUACGGAUGAGGAGUAG